AUGAAUGAAAAUUGUAUGGUUUGUGGAAAACCUGCGGAGCAAAAAUGCAGUGCUUGUAAAAGCGCGUACUAUUGUUCGCGAGAGCAUCAAAAAAUUCACUGGAAGGAGCACGCUAAAAAGUGCAAGCUUUUCAGAAUUUCGGAGGACGAAAAAGUGGGCCGUCAUUAUGUCGCAACUCGAAAAAUCGACGCGGGAGAAGUAAUUCUCCGAGAAACAAAGGCGCUUGUGGCGGGACCUGCUCAAGGAACGCCGCCAUUGUGUCUCAACUGCUACAGUUUGUUGGAGAAAAAAACAGCGAAGCCGUGCGAAAAAUGCGGCUGGCCUCUGUGCGGAAAUUGCACUCAGCAUGGCGACGAGUGUUUGUUCACAGCCAAAUAUCACAAUUCAAAAGUCAGUGUUACGGAGUUCGGGAUCCCCCACCCGACUUACAAUUGCAUUGGAAUAGUGCGCGCUCUGGCGUUGAAGGAGACUAACAAGGAUAAGUACUUGCAAUUUAUGAAUUUAGAGGCGCAUGAUAAGAACAAAGAUAACAAGCGGUUGGAUGAAUUUCUUGAAACUGCAAAAUUUGUUAAGAGGUUUUUUAAGUUAGAUGGCGUUGAGGAUGAAGAAAUUGCGCGAAUUGCUGGAAUUAUUCAGAUUAAUGGUCAUGAAGUUCCGACAACAGAAAAUCCACAUGUUGCUGUUUACAAUGAAGCUUCGUACUUUGAACAUAAUUGCAAAGCUAAUUGUUCGAAGAGUUUUACAGAGGAAGGGGGAAUUUUAAUUAGAGCUGCUCUUCCAAUUGCUAAAGGUGAACAUUUAACUAUGUGCUACACGGAUCCACUAUGGGGUGUUACAAACCGACGACAUCAUUUAUAUCAAACUAAAUUAUUUGAAUGUACUUGUUCCCGAUGUUCUGACCCUACUGAAUUUGGAACUAUGUUCAACGCACUUAAAUGCGCAAAAAAAGACUGCAGCGGGUAUAUUUUACCGCCAACUUUCACAACCCGGCUUAACCUGGAAGCCCCACCGGACUAUAUCUGCAACAAAUGCGAGAAAAAAACUCCCUCUAGCGACAUAGAUAAGCAGCUGGAACAAAUCGGCAUAGAAUUGGCGACUAUGAAGAAGAACGACGUGUUAAUUUGCAAAAAUUUCAUCGCUAAAUACAGCAAAGUCUUGCACGAAAACCAUUACUACCUAACUGACGUCAAAAUGGCGCUAGUACAGCUGAUCGGUCAGCAAGAUGGCGGACUGCCUGCUUGCAGUGAUGAAGUAUUGAGCGAGAAAAUCGCGCUUUGCAAGAAAUUGGAUGAAUUACUUCGGAAAUUAGUUCCAGCUGAAAUUCGAAUUAGAGGACUCAUUUUAUUUGAAGUUCAUGCGGGAAUUGCCGAGUUUGGCCGUCGGCAAGGUCCUGAUGAACUGCGUGGCAUGUUGAUGUUAUCAAAAAAUGCGCUGACUGAAGCAUAUCAGCUGCUGCGUUACGAGCCAGACAUACUUCCAGAGGGAAAAAUAGCGAAAAUAGCUUAUAAAAAUUUAAAAGAAAUGGAUAUUAUUAUUAAAACUCUUUGUCAAAAAGCUGCAUCUCCUAUGUAA